AUGCCGUUGAAGCUAACCAUGACCCGACAAUUGGAACCGCCACUGUUUUAUCUCGUUUUAUUUCUCUGCCAUGUUUACUUGGCCAGUUCAGUUUUUCUGUUUCGUACAAGUAGCUUGAUUGUCAUACAGCCAGAUACCGAAUACGUGUAUAAAUAUGUAGACAGAACUGAGAUGAAACAUCUUGGCGUAUUCACUACACAAGUCAAGUUGAGUAUCAUGUUGCUGGAUAAACAGGAUGAAGGAUUUCAUUGUCGACUUGAAUUGAAAGAUUUCACCAUUCAAUACUCGAAUACAUAUCAUGAAACAAUCAAGCCGCCUAUAAUGACAUGGGAUUUGGAUGAAUGGUUUUCAUUCGUCAUGUCCGAACAUGGAGAAAUACACACCGUGUACUAUUCAGUCGACGACGAUCCCGAAGUUAUUAACUUUAAGAAGUCUCUCUUGAAUCAAUUAUCUUCAAAGCUUCUUUCAGCUCCAUUGACUAACAACAUUGGUAAAUGGUCUUACCAUGUAAAUGAAAGCAGUCACGAAGGUCAUGUUCACAAUAGUUAUACAGCAGAAGACUCGAAUGAUGCAGACUCCAUCAAAUUUCGAAAACAAAUGCAAAUGAGCGAAGAACCAGAAUUCAUACAUAGAGUCCAUGAACGAGAAAUCAUAUAUUCCAAGAUUCUGAAGGUCCCUCAUUCUAUUUUAAUCACGGAUAAUCUGCACGAUGUUGAUCGAUUUAGAAUUCCAGACCAUAUGCGACGAGGGCGUUCGACACAUAUCAACACUAAUGAACGCAAUGUUGGAAUGAAUCACACUGGAAUGCCACCUGUUGACGUAGCUGGGAAAUGCACGAUCGACCUGAUUGCAACUAUUCCCAAAGUGUCAUCCCACUCAGUAGAAGAUGAAAUGAGUGACGUCACAAAAGACACACUGACUGUUAGACAUGUUCCUCAGGAAACAAUACCAAUAUUUGUCAUUGAAGAACACCUGAGAGGUAACUUGACGUGUAUGAGAUCAAAAGGUGUACACCAUGGUGAUGUAGAGCCGGUACGUUGUUUUACAAAUCUCACUGACAUGUUAUCGAGGUUAUCAUAUGAGGAUGCAUACUAUGUUGCUGAUAACUACAUAAGAAGACAACAAGACGAUGAAGGUGUGAUGAUGGACACAUUUAACAUCAUUGAUGCACUGGGGUCGGCUGCAACGCACGCAACUCAAAUGGCCCUAACUAUGAAAGUAUUACUAGCAACUCAAUCAGAUGCUAGCAUAAUCAUGGCUGUGUUGCAGCAGUUUGUAAGACUGACUAACCCACCGCCAGAAAUAUGUGUUGACGUGAUUGAGAAGAUUGCUUUGGCAGAUAAACAUAAAUUUGAAGAUAAGAAGGAUUAUUAUUACGUUAAAAAUAGAGCAAUUUUGGUACUCGGAUCUGUGGCAAAGACGUUGAAAGGCAUUAAACAUAGUUAUGAAUGUUAUACAACUUCACAGGCUGCAGAACUGCUGUUUGUGGUAUACAGCUCAGAUAUCUCUGACAAUUUGCGACACGAAGCGCUCAAAGAAUUAGAAAUACAUCCAUACCGUGGUCACUUAGAAGAAAAUAUACACAGAACUUCAAAGACAUCCAAUUAUACAAAUGUGAAAAAAUCUAUCCCAUUAACAAGUAACACGUACGAGGGACGGGUUUUUGAUGUGUCUCCAGAAGAUCUGGAUUGGCACAGCGAUUUUGGCACUAUAUUUAUAGGUGGAACAUACGCUGUUGAUGCCGAAAACAAGUACAUUGUUACCGUUGAAAACUUCAGAAGCCUUGCUGAAUUAAACUCAAAUACUGAUUCGUCUAUCAGAGGUCGCAUACUCCGGAUGGACAUUUUUUCUAAUUUUGUCAGGAUGGAAACUAACGUAAAAGGUACCAUUGAAUAUGACGGAAAUGUCUUGCAGGAAUGGGAUUACAACAUGAUAGAACAACGAACGCAUCAUUACGAUGAAGUUGUUUACAAAGUAAUUGGCGAUCUUCGCGAUCCGAUAACCAACUUUACCGAAUUGAUGUUUCAAGAUGACAAGUCACCAAGGGAGUUAUUCACAAACCUAGCACUAGCAGCUGGAAAAUUAAUUGACGAUGUGAAAGAUCUGCGCAGAACUGCCAGGGUAGCAACACGUACAGUUGGGUCUUAUAGUGAUCUCUCCGUUGUCUACCUAGACGUAUUAAAUAUUGUGGAAAGGGUCGAUAGUCUGUUCAACAAUAUGAAAUCUGAUGUCAUGGACUUCUACAAUAACAUUAUAGACUUGUUGGAAGUGAAUAUUCCAUGGGGAAUACAGCAACUCGAAGACGCUUUGAAAUCAUCACAUUUUGCAAUAGAGAAGUUGUUUGACUCACCAAAUGUUGGUAUAGCGGAUACACGAAAGAUGGUGUUGAAGCAAAAGGCUGCUAUAGACGAAAUUGGAGUUUCUAUGUUCAACAUUUCCAAAUCCUCAUUGUUAGCAGGUAGCAGUUUGCAUUUUUUUUCAACCAGUGACGUUGUACGUACACUUAUGGUAGAUAUUCUGCACAUCCAGGAUUCCUGGUCAAAUACAGAGGACAUUUCAAACAAGCCUAUUGAAACUGAUCCAUAUCUCAUGUUCUUAGGAGAAAACAAAACUGUGAACGAUGUCCUGCAAGACGUAAUGGCACCUCUGAAUGGUCUAGAUAUGGUUGUUAAUCCCUUUCUAAAAUCGUACUCUGACGCAGUGAACAUAUUCAGGGAUAUGAAAAACAAGUUCGAAGAAGUGAAAAGGGGGUUUGAAGUUUCUAAGUCGCUCAUUAAUUCAGUAUUUGGUCCAAAGAUUGCCAAAGCAUUCCCACGUAAGAUUGGCAACACAACAUGUGGGUUUGGAUAUUAUCCAACGACAGUAGAUGGUACACAACCUGGAAUAGAUCUCGAAGUAGAGGUGAAUGCUGCUUUAGUAGCUCCUUUUGAUGGAUUCGCCAAAGUAACUGCUAACCAGCAAGUGAGCAUUUUUAUGUAUACCCAAGAUAUAUCAAAUGAAAUCGGUGACAUAGAAGUGAUCAUAUCACCCGUGCAAAUUGAAAAAAACAGAGAGAACCAUCCGGUAUAUAAAGGUGAGGUGAUCGGCACAGUGCUAAAGUCUAAUUGUUCACCGAAUAUUAUCCAUCUAACAAUGACAAGAAUAGGCGAAAACAAGUAUCUAAAUCCCCAACCUUUUUUGGAGAGAAGAGAUGUCAAUAGCACUUGGAAAGAAGAAGAUAAUGCUUAUUUUCAUUACUUCCUGUUUAUUCCAAUAUCAACUGGACCGUAUGUCGGAGACCCGUAUGAAAAGGACACGUCGCCGACUAGAGUGGCAAGGCCAAUAUCAUUAUCACCAUCAUUAUCAUCGACGAAUCACUCUAGAUCUGCGUAUUUAUUUGAACGGUAUCAAAAUCAAUCUCAAUGUUAUAGAAAUCCAGAACAAAGCUUACUUCCAGAAAUUGAUGAAUUGGGACCCAGUGAAUCGUUCAAGGUCGGGCAGAUCACCCUUGAACAGGUGUUCAACUACAUUGAAGCAAAUGAUGAUGACGAUCUCAAGAAUGUGUUCUCAAGAUUAAUAAAUAUGACACUGAUUGCAUUAAAUAAUGAUACUUGUGUGCGACCAGAAGAGUUGGACAAUGUUCAAUUGAGGUUGGCAUUAAAUCAAAGGGGUGUUCUGUCUUACGGUAAUCGAAACCGAUUGAUAUCACAGUUCAAAAUCUCAGAUAAAGGAUGUACAGAUAUAGUCAAGGGAAUAUCGCCAAAUACGUGGUGUCGAUUUGAUGAUAGAUGUCUUAGUGCCCAGUGCUGCACAGACGUUCAGUUUAUGUCAAGUUAUUAUACAUGCAUCCAGGUCGAUGUGAAGCUUGAUACAUGCAGACAAUCAGUCACACUACAGGCAAAUACUUGGACAAUACAUUUGAAUCUUACAGCAAAUGAAACAGCCUACGAAGACGCUGUCAGGAAUAUACCCGUUGAGCGUAUUGCGAAUGGAGAAUACAGAUUGUUAUAUAGAGUUAUCAAAACUGGCACAAGAGUUGAGGUAACAUUGCAAUCUACAGUGUGCUCUGCAAAUAUUGAUGAGUGUACAGAAAAAACGACUAUUAUUGAUAAAGCGGUUUUCACGAUGACUGAUGAAUGCUUUCAUAAUGCCACUCCUGCACCCCAAUUAGAAUAUAGUUCGGAAGAUCUGAAAAAGCUUACACUUGUGGAAUUCGAACGCAUUCUGGAUUUGUACAACAAACCAGACGAUGAAAUAACAGCGUUUAUGUCGAGGCUUCGAGCUGAUUACAGAAGCGCGCUGAUUGCAAACAUCGAUGUUUCUAUAUCUCCAUUGCAUCCAAAUGAGUUCAGCCGUUCAACUACAGUGGUUGAUUCUUCUAGUACGACACAUGCUUAUCAUCGAAAUUUCGAUGUUCUUCAUAUAGAACUACCAUCAUUUAAAAUUUGGAUUUUUAAAUUUCAAUUUGGUUACAAGUUAACGCUACAGACAACAGCCAGCUCUGAACUCUCGCUAGAACUUGAUUCAUUCAAAUUGAAGGGUGGACUACAAGUUCGAAUUACUGCGGAAUCUGGUGGUUAUGUCAAAAUAGGUCCCAGCAUUUUACAUGGUGAACUGUCGGCUGGUGGAACAUUUGGAACCGGAUUCGACAACUGCAAAACUAUUAUCGAUCGCUCUGACAAGGCAUUUCAAAACAGUAUUGAGAAUGUUUUAACUGAAAACACUGUAGCUUUUUGGUUGCAACUUCAAGUAAUAAGCGACCCACCUAUAGUGCGUUCAUGGACAUUGCUGAGCAAAAAAAUUCCACUCUGGUCGUCAAAUCGUAACAAGCAUAGUGAUGUAAGCUCUAGGAUACAAGUAGAAACAUUAGAUGUCAGUGCUCCGUUGCAAAAUAAACUAACAAAUGGAAAUUACAAUCUCACAUCACCAGCUAGCAAUCCAUGUCGAGUGUAUCAAAUUGCAGACAGGGACUAUACACAACCGGCUUACGAGUUGACUAUCUCAGCUUGGGAUGACGAAUCGGCAGUGUCAGUCACUUAUUGCAUCGGAUCAUACAACAGUGGGUGUGAUGUUGCCAACAACUUACUUAUGAGUCAAACAUCAGUCAUAGAGCCAAGAAUUAUGGUAGAUGGGAUGCCAUUGUAUUAUACUGCUACAUUGUCCAAUCAAGGUGAUUUGUCAAUUACUGCAACAUGUGACCUCCAAACAUAUGACCUUACAAUUCCAAGUGGUAGAGUGACUCCAGAUUUUCUAUCGUCAAGCCAUCCAUCUAUUCUACGAGCUUCCUCUGUAAUAAAUGAAGACUCUGAACUGACGUCUCAAUGGGAGGCGAUUGGUUUUGGAUUGGGUGUCUACGGAUGUCAAGUUAUUCAAUGGGUAGAGUUGAAUUCAAAGCUGUUGAAAAAAAAUGUCAGUGGUGCCAUUUCAACAGAACAAGACAGUCUUCAGUAUUUCACUCAUCCACAAGAUGGCAGAUUGAACGCAGAACCAUUCGAGACGAUUACUGUAAGAUAUGAUUACUUAUGUGGCGAAGAAUGUCUGUCAUAUCCAGCUACAAAGUGUUUGAGUUUCAACUAUGACUAUGGUGACAAUGAAAUAUGUGAACUUCUGCAGGAUAUCCAAGGAGAAUAUGACAUCCAUAAAAGUGGAGCAUUCAAACAUUUUGAGCGUAUAGGUGUAGGAUAUACUGCUGAACAUAGUUACUCUAACUUAACUUUAAAUCACGGUAAACUGUACUAUUUCAACCUCUAUUCAGAAAACGUUUUAGGCUACAAAGCAAUCGUAUCGUCAGAUGGCGUCAUUAUUGACUUUAUCCCGCCAUUAACUGGGCUAAUCGAAAAUGAGGAGUAUGACGCUGUUCAUCAUGAAACGUGUACAGACUAUGUACAUGGCAAAUGGCAGGAUAGAUGUAUUGAAGAAACACCAUUACCCAAUCACAGAUAUAUCGUUGAUGGUCCUGGUUCUUUGACAGUAUUUAAUGGACACACCCCAUUGGUCGACUUGAUGUAUACAAGAGUCAAUACCUAUGUGUCAGCUAAUUGGGAUGGAUUUAUGGAUGACGAAACCGGAAUCUAUGGUUACACUUGGUCAGUGGGAGUCAGUAAAUGUUUGGACAAUAUUCACCCACAUACUGAUCCACACGCACACAUUUACGAUGAAAGUGAAUGGACACACCAGGGCAUUGCGUCACCUUUAUUUUUGGAAGAUGGACACUAUUUUAUCACUGUGCGUGCAAUUAAUGGGGUUGAAUUUGGUGGACCAAUGGCGACUACAGUGUGUCACACAACUGAGUACACAAUUGAUUCUACGCCACCGUUUGUAUAUGAUGUAUAUGAAUGGGAAUAUGAUGACGUCACUUGUGAAUUGUUUGUCAAUUACAAUGUAAGUGACCCCAUGUCUCAUAUAAGGGAAGUUGAUGUGGGGUAUGGUUUAAGUAUAAACGAUGUGUAUGUCAUGGAUUGGGUGCGACAUUAUACACUCACGAACCUCACUCAAUAUUUCUGUAUUCCUGAUGGAGUUCCUUCAUGGGUAAAAAUUCGAGCAUGGAAUAAUGUUGACCUGAACGAAAUAGGAUAUGCAGAUCUUCCAGUUAUUGUGGAUACGACUCCUCCCACUGCUGGUGAUUUGUUCGAUGGAUUAAUUCAUGGUAUAGACAUUGACUAUCAGAACAGUGAAAGCUAUAUAUGUGCAAAUUGGCAAGACUUUUCCGAUGCUGAAAGUGGAAUAGACACGUUUGAAUGGUUUGUUGGUACGACCCCAUACGGUGAUGACGUCGUUGAGGCAAAAACACUUCCACCUAAUUCUUUUGACGCGUGUGACUACACUGUAAUGCUUCUUCAUAAUACCAUGUACUAUUCAACUUUAAUUGCAUACAACGCUGGACACAAAGGAUUAUAUACAACUGUCACAUCUGACGGAGUACUCAUUGAUGUCACACCGCCAACAAAAGGUUGGGUUAAAGAUGGUUUAGACCCAGACAACGAUAUGUCAUUUUCAUCCGAAGUAUCGUCAAUAUCGGCAAAUUGGGACGAGUUCAUAGAUCCCGAGUCAGGAAUACUGGAGUACGAUAUCAGUAUAUGGAGAUCGGCAUUUGGUAAAGAAUCUGAGAUUCUGCAGGAACCAGUCACUCUCCCAGGGAAUACCAAUUUUUUCAAUUGGCACCACUUCAACUUAAAUCACGGUGAUCGCAUCGUUGUCAAUGUGAAUGCUGUCAACUAUGCUCGAAUAUCAACGAGUGCAAAAUCUGAUGGGUUUAAUGUUGACCUGACUGCACCUAAAAUGCAUUUCCUUGGUGAUGGACUGCAAAUGGGGGAGGACAAAGAGUUUUCGUCAAGUAAUAUAAACGUGGCUGCUAAUUGGGAUUUCGAAGAUGUUGAAUCGGGCAUUGAUCAUUUUGAAAUUACGGUUUAUGAGAAGUAUGGAGGAACAAAACAGAGAAUAUAUCCACUGGGCAGUGAUGGAACAGAAAUAGUGGGUCCACAAGAAACAUCUUGGAUAUCUCCGGAAUUAUCUCUUAAAACUGGCGCUAUAUAUAACAUACGCAUACUUGCUAUCAAUACAGCUGGAUUCACGAAUGUACAAGACACUGAUGGUAUGACAGUGGAUCCUACUCCUCCAGAGAUGAAAUCACUUGCAAUUGGGGACAUGGCUGAUUCGUCUGAGGAAGUUAUCGAUGGCUAUGUCCUACAGACUGACGAGUUUGGAAUCACUGCUUACUGGUUUGGUAUUGACUAUGAAAGUGGAGUUUAUACAUAUAUAGUUGGUGUUGGCACAGAACCAGGCUCAGUCGAUGUAAGUGGCAUUCGUGACAUGGGUCCUUCCGCCGGGGGAUAUAUCGACAAUCUGCAAUUGUUUCAGUAUGACGAAGACAUUAACUAUCCCGUUUACUAUGUAACCGUAAAAGCCAGAAAUGGAGCUGGGAGUUUGUCUGAUUCACGCAUUUCAAGUCCAAUUAAGGUAGUACCUGGAGAUUCUGUAGGAGUGGUUCUUGAUGGUGCACAGCCAUUACAGCGUUCUAAUGAUAACAAUCUGGAAGGUGAUGUUAAUUAUCAGUCAGACGCAACUGUUGUAACUGCCGAAUUCGCUGGGUUUGAGAGUCAUCUACAUGGGAUUGUUGACUAUGAAUGGGCGAUUGGUAGUUUUGCACGAGGUGAAGAUAUACAACCAUUCAUGCGUGCAGGGGUUGUAGUGAACGAUGAAGUAGACUACCCCGGAGAUGGCAUUGCUGGUUCAGGAAAAGCCCAAUCACUCCUAGAUCUGAAUCAUGGUAUGAAGUAUUAUGUGACAGUACGAGCUAUCACUGGAGUUGGAAAUGUCCUGGAGGCAGUGUCCAAUGGAUUUACAGUUGAUGCUACUGCGCCAGAGGUUAACAUUGAAAGUGUUGGUACAACAACGUCUACUCAAGAUAAUACUGUAUCAAGCACGUUCUAUCAGCAAUCGUCAGAUUCCUUAAUUGCUGAAUGGACUACAGUUGACAUGGAAAGCGACAUAUCAUAUACAGAAUUCUGCUUUGGAAGUUACCCUGGCGCUGAUGACAUAUAUAGCUGUACUGAAUCAACAGACAAAUCAACUAUACCAAAUGCGCUGGUGACACCAGCUAGCGAUGGUGUAUCGAAUGUACUCGUAGUUCGAAGUAUUAAUAAAGCUGGACUCAAUAAUGAAGCUGUAUCAGGUUCUCUAAUUGUUGACAAAACACCCCCAAAUGGUGGUGUAGUAACCUGUCCUAAUUAUGUUGGACUAGUAGAUACAAUACUUUGUUCAUGGUUUGGAUUCAAUGAUCCAGAAAGUGGCAUAGUUGCAUAUAAAUUUGGUAUUGGAGUAGAAGAAGAUGAUGAUUCUGUAUUCUCAUUUGUGGAUUUGGAACCAGAAACCGACCGAAUUGUUGCUCAAGAUUUCAAAGUUGAAAAUUUUAAUCACUCUCAAAAAUACUACGCGACUGUCGUGGCUAUGAAUGGCGCCAGCUUUGAGGUGAAGUCGUAUUCCCAACCAAUCAUAGCCGAUGGAACCCCACCUAUUCCGGGACAAGUUAUAGAGUUGACAGGAGUGGAUUAUAUCAAUAGGUCGGCGACGGACUUUCAAACAAACACAUGCAUCGACAACACAGAGUGUGAGCAAAUGGAUGCAGUCUGUCAAAAGUCAAUGAGUACAGUGUAUGUCAUGUGGCAGCAAUUUAAAGACAGCGAAUCGGAAAUUCAAAAAUAUGAAGUUGCUUUAGGGACGUCUUUUGGUGGCACACAACUACAGGACUUUAAAACAGUUGAUGAAUCCAUUCGAAUGUUAACAAUCACAGAUCUUGAUCUCGCAUAUAUCGAACAAGUUUUUGUUAUGGUACGAGGCUACAAUUUAGUAGGACUCUCCGUAACAGCGUCAUCGAAUGGUGUCUUUAUAAGUAGAGUGAGUGCAGGUUUGCCCCCUAUAGGCAACGUACUUGUGUGGGAUGGAAACACAGAUAGCGAUAUGGAUUACCAAAAUGACAAUACUCAAAUAUAUGGUAAAUGGAAUUUCAGUGGUGACCCUUGUCCAAUCAUAAAAUAUGAAUGGACAAUUGUGAGGUUUGAUGAAACUGUGAUUCAGCCGUUUACCCUCGUGCCUGAUGCCAACACAGAAGCCAUGAACGACAAUUUGGAUCUUCGCGAUGGAGAAUCAUAUUACAUAAUAGUGAAAGCAACAAAUGCCAUUGGUUAUACAUAUUCUGUUCGAUCUAAUGGAAUAACAAUAGCUGUCGGAGCACUAUUGCCUGGUAUCGUGAGAGAUGGUAAUAUUAUCGGUACUGAUCUGAAUUACCAAGCCUCGAUAAUAACCUUGUCGGGAAACUGGGAUGGUUUUAGUAUGAAUCAACAGAACAACAAUGUUGGUGAUGGAAUUGCAUUUUAUGAGGUUGCUGCCGGUAGUGACAGGCGUUAUUCACUAACACGAAGUGAUGUCCACCCAUUCGUUUCUGUUGGUCAAAACACCUCUCACACGUUUCACGGUCUUCAACUGAAACCUCGAACCAUGACAUAUUAUAUAACCGUUAAAGCACAUGGUGUUUCCACUGCUGUAACUGAGGUCACGUCAAAUGGCAUAAGUGUUGGUUAUGGUGAUGACCCUGUUAGUACAGGCACAGUAAACGUUGCAAGGUACUCUAAAUCGACAGGAAACCUUACAGCAUCAUGGUCUGGUUUUUUGUUUACAAUGCCGAUACUUUUCUACCAGUGGGGGAUAAUGUCGUACACCGGGCCAUUUGAUGAUGCGAAAUGUUAUGGUCUGCAAAACGGCAAUGAAGUAGUUCAACAGAUGUUUGACAAAUAUCCCCUGACAAAUGUUGGUAAAGACACGAUGGUCGUCACCAACAAUCUCGUACUGGAAGAUAAACACACUUACCUUGUCGUGGUUGUGGCUACUGACCAGGCUGCAUCGUGUUCCGUCUCCUGGGCGAAAACUACCAUUGAUUUGAGUCCACCUACAGAAGGGAGAUUACUCAUUGGUGAAUAUUAUAAUGAGAGAGCUGCAUAUAUAGAUAGAGAUGAUGAGAUUGCUGUAUCUUGGGAUGGGUAUUUUGACGAAGAAAGCGGCAUCAGUCAAUAUGCACUUCAACUAUACGAUGGACAACAUUGUGGGGCGCAUGAUUCGCUACGCUUGUUGUUGCAUUCAUCAAAUUCUGUGCCAGCCAACGAAAGUAGUUACACAUUUACUGGUCUCAGACUCGAGGUCAAUCAUCCUUACUUCAUUAAACUAAUGGUGACUAACAACGCUGAUUUAUCUAUCACAACAAUAUCUAUGCCAAUAUUAAUCGAUCUAUUCGACCCAGUACCUGGAGCUGUAAAGGAUGGAAAUACAUUCAGCUCUGACAUUAUGUACCAAUUUGAAACAUCUAAAAUGAUAGGGACUUUCCUUCACUUGCCCAAUUCUCUGAUCCAUGCUUGUCCUGGAAGAUUUUACUCAUUUGAAGAUCAUAACACUGAUUGGUAUCAUAUUCAGUCAGAAGGAAUCUGGGGACUCAGUAUCGAACAUCGAAUAAUGUUCACAGAACGUCAGGUCUCGGUUUCUGAUUCUGGUGGAUUGGUACUGAUAAUGGAGCGAGAUGUCCAGGCAGAACAAAUGUACUCAGCUGCAUAUUAUCACAAAGAACCAGGGAUAAAAGCUGGUGGUACUUAUGAGUUUGAAAUCCUAGCUGCAUCUGAACAAUUGCGAUCAAUUACGUCCGUGGUGUUUUGGGAUGGACCAGAAGGUGUUGUUGGCGAUUUUGACACAUGGAUUUUCGACUAUGAAUUUAAUGAGUGCCCAUGCUGUGAUGACUUGAAUGAAAAUGCCAGCUGCCCUGAGAAAUGCAAGUGUCUGGAAAUGACGACUACAAGUACUACUAAUUCUUAUGAGACAAAAUCUUGGUACCUUGUGGAAGAUGAACCAGAAGGUGCAACUGGACCACAGAAUACAAGUUUAAAAUCAACACCACAGCCUUCAAUAGGAUUUCAGAUUCAUCCAGGUGUGAUGGUUGGUGAUCAACGAAAACAUUAUAUUGUUUUAUGGGGUCGAUUUCUAAAUGACACAUUGUCUCCACAACAAACUAUAGAAGAGUUGGCAUUUGAUCCAGCAGACGGUCUUCACAACUACAGUCUUACUGUUAAACCUAACCAGGACAAGUCUGAGUUACAAUUAUCUGUUGAUGGUGAGACAUUGAUUACAAUGUAUGGAUGUCCGCUGCUCAGUGAAAACACUACUAUGUCCAUUUCAGUGUGGAAUAGAGGUGAUUACGUACCGCCAUUGGAUGACGUAUUUAAUCCGCCAUCUUCUACCACGUUUGUCAAAAAUGUUCGAUUACCACCUGAUGAGAGUGAGUUGUGUCGAUACGGGGAUCCCUUCCGGAACGGAGGCGCACCGAUAGUUGCAUUUCAUGCAGGUGUUGGAUCUAAUAAAAAAGAUGUGGCCGGAUUUAUGGAGGUUGUCCAGCCUUGUAUACCAUGUGUGGAUCCAUGUAGUAUGUAUAUUUGUGAUGAUGAAUGCUCAGAUACAGAUACAUAUGAGUACAAUAUUUUGUUGAAUAAUCUGUCCCUUCAAGAAUACGAUAUAGACGAGAAUGUGACAAUUCCAGCUGUAUAUCAUAUGCAUAUACAGUCAGUCGCUGCAUCUGGGAGAACUGCUACGUCAUCUUCAGAUGGAAUUAUGCUCGAUAUCACUCCACCUAAGUUUACCAGAUUGUAUCAUGUUGAUGUGGCAUGGGGUGAACACGUAAUAUCCGAUUACCAAAGCAGCAAUGAUACCAUAGCUGUUGCAUGGGAAAUAAAUGAAGGAACGUCGAUAGUUGACUGUCAAUGGGCUAUUGGCUCCACUCCGGGGUCUAAUGACAUUCAGGAUUUCGUGUCAGUCGGUGAUGUAAAGCAGGCUAAGAACAGUAAACUGUAUGGGAUUCUACAAAAUCGGCAUAAAUAUUACGUCACUGUCACAGCGACUGAUGAAGUUGGAUUAACGACUACAGCUUAUACAUCGGGAGUUGAAACAAUUUUCACGCCACCAAAUGUAUCGUCAAUGGAUUCAUCAGUUAUGGUCGAGUCAGGUGAAAUCCAACAAAUCUCGGAUACAUCAUAUCUUGCCACAGAUCAAAUGUCAACAGGAAUAGUAUGGCAGCGUGUAGAAGAUAACUCAGCAGGAAGCUAUUACUUCAAAAUCGGAACAGAAGAGGGAAAAGAAGACAUAUUUCCAAGUAUGCAAGUUGCAUACAACUCCUCUGGUGCUGCAUAUAUUAUCGAUGGACAAUUAUAUUUAAAUGACAAUGUGUAUGGAAAUCUCUCUCAAUUCAAACAUUUCAAUAAGGAAUGCUUAGAAAUAGUUUGUGAUGAUAUUGAUUAUACCUCGAACACGCUGUACAUGGAGCCCGGCAGAAUUAUGAUGUUUCAACGCCCAGCCUUCUACAUGACAACAGUUGCACGGAAUGCUCUUCUGGGUCCCGUAGAUAUAACUAUACAAAGCGAGAUGGGUGUGUCUAUAUCGCAAGCACCGUUGGAACACGAACUCCGGCUACUCUAUUGGGAUCCUGAUUUGAGAGAAUGGCAUGAUGCAAGUCACACGUGCUCUGACAGUUUCAAUGAAUACAUAUACAACACAGUAAAUAAAUCCAUAUCAUUGAAGGUUUGCGGGACAUAUACCAAUGAUGAACAACAACCAUUCCAAAAUUUCACAGGUCCAACUCACUUCAUGCUUGCUCAAGUGAAAAAAGAUUUUGGCAACAGUGCGCCCAUCGUGACGUCGCGUUUGACUGUGAUGAUACCAGAAGAUGGAGGUACUAUGAUGUAUCCAAUUACGGCUGUAGAUCCUGAUAACGACGAUAUAGUGUUUCAGCUGACAGAAAAUAAUUCGACAACAUAUGGUAAAUGCAACAUGACGUCACAGGGACUUCUAAUGUACAGGCCUUGCUUAGAUUGCUUUGGUACAGACAGUGUGGAAUUUACAGUUAUUGAACACCGUGAUGACAUGAUUGAUCCAUUACAUACGACAGACGUUUUGGAAAUUCACGUGAUCGAACAAAAUGACAACCCAGACUUAUUCGUUGCCGUAGAGGGCAGCAAUAUCUUAAACACGUAUGAGUAUGACAUAUCUGUGACUGUAGAGGAACGUAAUCCCAAUAACACUGCUUAUGAAGAUUUUAUAGCACAGGUUGGUGCUUAUGAUCCCGACACUAACGAUUACCUAACUUUGACAUUCGACUAUCCUACACAUGGACUGCUGGUUAUUGAUGACGAAAUACACGAGUUUAGCUUUGUUCCGCAAAACUGUUCCAUGUUUCUCAUCGAAGAGGUUACACACAUACCAAAAACAUUUCAAAACAAAGGCACUGUUAUCCCAUACCCAUGUGACCUGAUGUUGCCUCAUGAGAUUGAUCGUUAUGCUUGGGUUGUAACUCGGAUUAGAUAUAUACCAAAAGAGCAUUACUAUGGCCAGGAUCAAUUCCAGAUUAAUUCAGCGGAUAGUGACGGUGCUGUGUCCAGAGUAGCAAAAAUUAUCGUACAUGUUCUAGAAAACCGUUGUGUGAAUGGCGGUAUUUGCAAAGGACCCGCAGAAGAUCCAGACUGUUCAAGUCCGCGGCGUAGUGAAGGAUUUGAUGACUAUACUUGCUACUGCCCUCCUGGUUACACGGGUGAUUAUUGCGGUGUUGAAAUAAACGAAUGUCUAUCUAACCCAUGUGCUGACAACUUCACUUGUUAUGACAAGGUAUAUGGAUACAUCUGUCAGUGUGACAACAUGAAUUGGCCAUGUGCCCCCCAAAUGGAAAGUAGAAAACUUUAUCUGAUGGCUGUGUUACUAAGCAUACUGUUAUUACUUCUGGUAUUGCUGAGUAUAUACAUUUAUGGCAGGAAGAAAAACAUGAAAGUUGGCCCAAUGGAAGACAAUCUACACAAUAUAGCAAUGGCUGAACGCCAGAAAAGCGGAUCGAAGAAAACAAACAAAGUUUACCCUUUGCCUAUGGAAUCACAUUUGGAACAUCACGGAAAAGAUGAGACAGAAGUUGACACGACUAAUGACGAAAAGAACAUAAUCGUUAUUGAGAAGGGUGUAAACAAAUCCGAAGAGAUCAAUAAGCAGAUACACAGUGACGUGGAACUCAAAGACGAUUUAAACAAUGACAGUAAUGAAGAGGUUAGUGUCGAGGGGGUCAUGGAUGAAAACAAAGAGCCCAUUCUGGAUGACAGUACGAACAAAUUGGAGCAGGAUAAGGAAGAUAGUAAACAUGGCACAAUAACAGACAGGAAUAAUCGUAUUGCACAACGUUUUGGAUUCUUCGACGGUCCUCGUUCAGCGAAAUUUGCAUGGACGUUUAACAUCGGUGACCAAGACAACGACAAAUAA